AUGCCAGCAUCUAGGCAGGCCAUGAGGAGUGAGAAAGGCAAGGGAAAGACGACUGUGAGGGAGCAACAUCUCAAGGUAUCGCCGGAGUCUGAGUUUUGGAAGAGGCAGAGGGCUUGGAUGAUGUUUGAGGCCCUGUUGCCUGGUGUGAUGUAUCUAGAGGUUUCACCACCAACACCUACCUCCCAGCCUAAUAGUUCAGUGCCACCUGCAUCUACAGAUGUGCCAUCUCCUACUUUUGUGACUGAGCCUCGAGGAGAUGAGCAUAAGUUAGGCAAUAGUGAUUCUAAGGAGGAGGGAGAGUAUGAGUCAAAGGGGGAGGCUUUUGAUUAG